AUGUUGGUGGUUGUUUCCGGUGAGAAUGGUUAUGGGAUGGGUGGUGACGGUUUUGAUUGGUGGUGGUGUUUACUGGAGGGCAAUAAUUUGAAGAAUGGGGAAAAGUUUAUAGCUGGAAAAGAGAAGGGGAGAGGUGUUAGGGUUGAGAUCUUCCAAAAGGGUUCUCCUCUUAUUGAAGAAGUGUCAAGAGAAAUCGCGAGGAUAAGACUAGACGGAACUCUGGGAAGUUUGGAGAACAAAUGGUUUAAGAAUCAGUUAUCUCUUCCAUCCAGAAAUUCCACAAUGCCCAAAGACUUGAAGCUUGAUAGCUUCAGUGGUCUUUUUAUUAUCAAUGCUGCAACUUCUACAUUAACCCUUUUGAUCUCUUUACUUUGGCUACUUUUUCUCAAUUUCAUGGAGAGGUUUGAUUUAGCUAUUGUUGAUUUAGAAGGCACCGAUGAAGGUAGAGAGAUCCUACCUUAUCUAGCUGAGUCGUUGCAAGAUAAAAACAUCCGUAUCAGUUACAGAAGUGCCAUUUCUGCCUCAGCCACGUAUGAUAGCAUCACCCAAGAGUUGCGUAAGAUCAUGACUUUCCACACAACUGUAAUUAUCCUACAUGUGUCACCUUCACUAGCGUCUACCCUUAUCUUAAAUGCAAAAAGGUUAGAAAUGGUUAGUGGAGGAUAUGCAUGGAUUUUAACUGAAAAAACAGUUGACCUCUUGCGAUCAACAAACUUUACUGUCAUUGAGUCAACACAAGGCGCACUAGGUUUUAGGUCGUAUGUUUCACCAUCAGACAGACUGCAUAGCUUAACAACAAAAUGGCACAGUUUGUUUUACGGAAGUAAUUUCACCUCAAUAACAAAAGAAGUGCCUGUGCCUGCGUUAUGGGCAUACGAUACAAUUUGGGCACUUGCGGAAUCUGUAGAGAAGGUUGGAGUCCCACAUAAUGGUUCUAUGCUUUUACAUGAAGUUUUGAAAAUCAGAUUUAAGGGUAUAAGUGGUGAUUUUCAGCUCAGUGAAGGAAAAGUAAUAUCCAAUGGAUAUGAGAUUAUGAAUGCGGUAGACAAUGGUUCUGAAGCUGUUGUCUGGCCCGGAGGGUCUACAACUGCUCCAAAAGGUUGGGUGUUACGAGCAACUCCGAGUAAAAGGUUAAAAUUUGGUGUUCAAAAUAUAAACAACUUUAAGUACUUCAUGGAUGUAGAUCAUGAUGUUGAGAAAAAUGUUACAACUGCCACUGGGUUCUCCGCGGAUGUAUUCUAUACUUGCAUUCGUGCGUUGCCAUAUGAAGUGCCAUACACGUUCAUUUCAUUUGAUAAUGUGAGUAUCGACGAUCUUGUACAGAAGGUGUACAAUGAGGAAAUUGAUGCAGUAAUUGGUGAUUCAACAAUCUUGGCCAACAGAUCUGAGUAUGUUGACUUUACAGCGACUUACACUGAUUUGGGUGUAGGAACACUAGUAAGAAUCAAGAAAAAAGACAUGAGUAUGUGGUUCUUCUUGAAGCCGCUGCUGGAUUUCCGUCUAUGGCUAGUUGCUAUUGUUUCUCUUAUCUUCAAUGCAUUUGUUGUUUGGGCUAUUGAACGUAUGAAUCCAGUUUCCGAAGUUUCACUUGGAACAGUAUCCCGGAUGUCCUUCCUAUUGACCAUCUUAUUUGCUCAAAAAGAUAGGUUUUCGAGCAAUCCGGCAAAAUUUGUAAUUGUUGACUGUAGAGCAAUUGAAUCGGCAUCAAAGAGAGGAAUUGUGGGGUUUCAUGGUGGCGAUUUUAUGAAAGGAGUGACAGUCAACAAUCUGCACUUUGAAAAUUGGAACCACCGUCCAUACUACUCAUACGAGGCUUAUGCUCAUGCUUUAUCAAAAGAUGGUGAGGCUGAUGCCAUUGUUGAUGAAAUUCCAUACAUCAAGAUGUUUCUUAGCAGGUACCCUGGUGAUUAUGCCUUGGUCUCUUCUCAACCUCUCACUUCUGGUUUUGCCUUUAUAUUCCAAAAAGGUUCGCCGCUUGUUGAAGACGUGUCGAGAGAAAUUGCAAGGAUAAGAUUAGACGGAACUCUAGGAAGUUUGGAGAACAAGUGAUGUGGAGGUCAAGCAAUCAAGGUUACUUCUUGGACGAAUCGUAACCUUGUUAGGGAAUUUUGGAUUUGUUUUAGUUAUGGUGGGGGAGAUUUGGGUUCCUUGGCUGGGUUGACCCUCCAAUGUGCCCUAGGGCAAUGGUGGUGA